GUAGUAUUUUUGAUAUUGGGUCUAGAACCAGAAGGUUCUGUACUUACAUUCUUCUUACGUGGCAAAGGUGUUUUAAUCUUGACAGCGUUUUUAAGAGUUGUAGCAUUAGAACUAAGUACUUGCUUAUGGGCUUCUAAUGGUAAACUGUAUAUUAUCGGAUUAGUGACGUCAUUAGAUGCGCUUUAGCUACCAGGUGUCAUUACAGACAUAACAGACAAAUUAGCAUUCUUUGUUGGUAUAUCAGAGUACUGGAGAACAUGAGAUAGGGUAGCUGCAUCAGUGGAUCCAGAAACUGAUGCAUCGUGGUUUGUUAUGAUCUCAAUACCUUUAUUUUCGUUCAAGGUACGUUUUUGCGUAAGCCUUUGGUUGGUGGUCUUAUCUGAGACUAUACGAGCGUUUCGAAAUUUCGUAAGCGCGCAGAUUAGCCGCUCGGAUUCUUUUAUCCAUUUAGCUAAUAUAUGAGAGUCGAAUCUGAACAAGACCGGGCACGAGUAUUUCUGGUGCUUUUUAUUAAGUCGAAUGCAUUGGCAUGGACUGUCUUGAAGGUUAGAUGUCUUUAAUAUCGAAUUCCUUACAGUUUUAAUGGGGAUUCUGUCAGGUAUAUUAUAGAUAAUCACGUUAUUACGAGAGAUUAUUCGCUUGGUAACUUCAUUAGCAAUAAAGUCGAUAACAGAUUCUGCUUUAAUGAUGUCAUCAAGUUCCGCAGGAACGAUAUUUUCUGACAGGAGCAGCUUAAGGGGUGAUGAUGUCUUUAUUUCUUGUUUCAAAUCAUCAUGCUUUGAUAAAGAGCUAGCAAGUGACUCAACUUUAGAACGCAUGUCGGUUAGUUGUUUAAAGACAGUGUUUAAUUCACUCUUAACAUUAUUGAAACUCUUUGAUCUUGAUGUGGAACUCAUUAUUAAAUUGGAGACAGAGUCAUCCAACAUCAGAUGUGGUGUAAGACCUAUCCCAACAUUAUCAGCGUCAAAAGGAGUAGCGGAAAAGGAAGAAUCGAUAAUAACAGAAUUGUUAUUAUCUGAGGUAUUAGGGCUUUUCCGGGCUAGUUUUUUGACAGUCGACCCAAAUCGCUUUAAUGAUAGAUUUUGAAACUAUUUAUGAGUUAUAAACUGGGAUUCAACGAUAUUUAAACAAUAUAAAUUAGAUACCGUGUUAUCGUAACGUAAACUUCAAACGUACCGCAAAUAUAUCAUGUUCCAUACUGUACUGUCAUCUCUUCUGACACUGAUGUAUGGUGAAUAUUAUUUAAUUAUAGUAAUAUUUGAUAUUGAUCCGUUCAGAUAAGCUCUGAAGUUAACAAUCUGAGCUCACAAAUACUCGUGAAACACAUUGAAAGGACUUUGGAGAUGACUGCAGUUCAGGUUACAGAAAACCUCAAGGAAACCACCGAAGAAACUGAACAAUACUCGAAUACGAUCACCGAGAUAUAUAAUGGCAAAGAACAGAACAAAUCAUUUCAGUGCAUAUACAUUGUGAUUUCUUAAGUCACAUCCUUUAUUGUUGUCUGUAUCGGUUCUGUUAUUUAUGCAUGGCUGUAUAAAAGGAAGAACAGUGAUAUAUGAUCGUCAAAGACGUCUUAUAACUUGCUUCUAUUAUUCUGACCAAGCGUUUUCUAUUCGUAUUUUAUUAGAAAACUCUAUAUUUAAUUAUAAUAUUAUAUUAUUGAACAAUGUCUUAAUAAAUGUUUUCAUAUUCUUAUGCUUGUUUACGUAAUGUCCGACGAAAUAUUAGGGCAACAAGCAGGCUAGACAGUAAUGAUGGCGACUACUCUUGCCACGCAACAAGCUGUAUCUUCAUACAAAGAAUCGUAUUUCUGGCUUAGACGUUUUAGUCGACACAGUAGCAGAAAUCAGUAUUAUCACAAUUGAGCAAUCACGAUGUGAACACACCUCAAG